AUGUCGUCCGUGCGGCUAUCAUUCCACCUUACUAGGCUUACGCAGUCUGCAACACGCUCAUCAUGGCGAGCUACUGCCAUUGGGAGCCGGUACAUGUCCCAAAAUAUCUCUACGACGGAGGAAGCUGCUGUUUCGCUCGAUAUCGAGCCCUCCCGGCUCACUGUCACCAAAACAAUGAGCCCCAAGGAACUCCCUGCUUCUAAGAACCUUAUGUUCGGGCGGACAUUCUCAGAUCACAUGCUGAAGAUCCGCUGGACUGAAGCUACUGGCUGGGAAGCUCCCAGUAUUGAACCUUUCGACACCAUCAAUCUAUCCCCUGGUGCUACCGUGCUUCAUUAUGCCCAAUCACUAUUCGAGGGCAUGAAAGCCUACAGACACGAAGAUGGCACUGUGACGAUGUUCCGACCUGACAUGAAUAUGAAACGUAUGAACAACAGCGCAGAGCGGCUAGCGCUUCCCGCAUUCGAUGGAAAUGCAUUUCUCGAAUGCAUAAAGGAGUUGAUUUCUCUUGACCGUCAAUGGAUACCUAAGGAGCCCGGACACAGUCUUUACAUCCGACCUACAUUAAUUGGCACUAAUGGCACGUUAGGUGUUGCACCCCCCACCGAAGCACUACUCUUCGUGAUUACCAGCCCUGUGGGACCAUACUACCCUCAUGGGUUCAAGCCUGUACCUUUACACGGUACAACAGAGUAUAUUCGCGCCGCGCCUGGAGGUACCGGUGCAUAUAAGCUUGCCGCGAACUAUGCUCCAGGUGUUGUGGCACAAAAAAGUGCAGCAAAACAGGGUUACGCGCAGAACUUGUGGUUACAUGGUCCCGAGCACUGGCUCACAGAGGUAGGCACCAUGAACUUGUUCGCCGUUAUUAAGGACAAGGACGGCAUUACUGAACUCAUUACUCCCCCUCUCGACGGAAUGAUUCUUCCAGGUGUCACACGCGACUCUGUGUUAGCCCUUGCCCGUAACCAUGCCUCAGGGGUCAAGCGUCUCGGAGGUCUUCCUGAUGUUAUCAAGGUUUCCGAACGCCCAAUUAACAUGGGCGAGAUUAUCCAAUCCUCAAAGGAGGGUCGACUUAUCGAGUUAUUUGGUACCGGCACGGCUGCUGUUGUCACACCCGUGGACAGAAUUGGGUACAACGGUGGUGAUGUCACGAUUCCUACUGGUAAGGACGGUAUGGGUCCCAUCUCGGAACCUCUUUGGGCGGAGCUGGUGGGUAUCCAGACGGGGGCUAUCAAGAGCAACUGGAACUACGUGGUGGCGCAGUAG